AGGAAACAGUGUCCACGACACGGUAUCAUCUUCUUCAAAAGUUUGUCAAAAUAUUUCUUUGAAAAAGUUAUAUCGUGAAGCAACUUUAUGUCAAGAUGACUCAUCUCUACCAAAGUAGUUGUUCAUUCACUCGGGUAAAUCGUUUAAAGCGUGAGCAGGUUUUACGUGUGGAUUUGUCGUUUUGACCUGUGGCAAUUCAUUGGAAGCUAUAUUCAGAAUUUCAAACAUACACAUUUUUAAGUCAAAUUGUGACAAUUCUUCUCCGCAUGCUGCAGAGUAUGUUAAUGAAAAGUGGAGACAAGUGAAGUACAAUUAAACAACUGAAGAAUUUUGUGAGAUAUCAAAGCUUUGAACAAAAAAUUUAGGAAACUUCAAGGACUGUUGACUGUGAUACAGAUGGUUUAAUUUUGAAUAAGUCACCAUGUUAAGUAUGGAGACUGGUUAGAAAGUAACCGAAAGAAUCUCAUUACCUGUCAGCAAACAUGGCUAGUCCCCGGGCAAGGAAAUCAAAUGUGAUAAAUCGUUUAAAGAAGAAAUUGAAUGAUGGAAAGGAGUCAUUGGCUGAUCAGUUUGAGUUUAAGAUGUUUGUUGCCUUUGUGUUCAAAGAUAAGCAUAAGAAGUCUGCACUGUUCGAAGUCAGUAGGGUUGUUUCAGUAAUGACCAAUGAUUAUGAAAAAAGCAUUCUUAAAGGAGCUGAGGACAAUAUCUAUUCUAUGGAUAGUUCUGUACAGCUAUUGGAGAAGGACAUGGUGCAAUUCCAUGCACCUCAAUACUGCUCUCUGAGAAAAGACGUGGUUGGAUGCACUCGGGAUAUGGAUUUCAUUUUAUGGCCCAGAAAUGAUUUGGAGAGAGUAACGUGUUUCCUGUUUUCACGAUGGAAGGGCGACAGUGAAGCCGAGUUUCAGCACAUUGAAGCGACGUUUCAGAAUAACGUUGAAGAUUACGAGAAGCAAAUACUUCAUAUCCGCGAGAAGAACAUGAGAAAAAAUCUCAUCGUAAGCAAUCCAGCACAGAGUAUGUUCUUGUUUCUGGAUCACCAAUAUUGGCAGUCUCGUGAUUCCACUCUUUCGUUGUUCAAAGUAUCGAAUAUAUGUCUUUAUUUGCCACAAGAUCAUUUGACGCGCUGGAGUUCGAAGACUAUGACUCAAGUUUUGCAGCCAUACCUUCCGGAUUAAGACACUUUCACUGAAGACGAAAUCCAAUUGUGUGUAGUAAUGCUUAAAAUAUUUCUGUACAUUAUAUAUAAGUCUGAAAUGUUCACCAUGAUGGUUAUCACAUAUAUAUUUUGCAUCUACAUUUUGUAGUUCUACUUUAAGGAAAUAUAUAUUACUGUUGUA